AUGUUCGUUGUCCUUGUGAUGAUGAUGACCACCAUUCUUGCAAUGAUGACCAACAACAAGACUGUGGAAGGUCAAGGAAUUCCUCUCAAAGUAUUCUUGGGAGGUCCCUAUGAUACUUCCGAGGCUAAAAGUUUGUUUGAGAAAUUCAAAGUUGCCUUUCAUAAGAAGUAUGGCUCAGAGAUGGAACACGAAAAGAGAUGGAAGAUAUUUUAUGAAAACAUUAAUUAUGUGAAUCAAUUGAAUAUUAUGCACAUGAAAGAGAAGAAGGAAGUGGAAUAUGGAAUUACGAAAUUUAUGGACAUGACACCUCAGGAAUUUAGUCAACAAAAAUUACUUCCAGUCACCAAACAUGAAGAUGUUAAACAUGUACCAACCACUCCAAAAGAAAAGUAUGGAGAUGUGAAUGCUUUACCAGAAUCCUUUGAUUGGCGUGAUAAAGGAGCCGUCACUCCGGUCAAAGAUCAAGCAAGUUGUGGAAGUUGUUGGGCAUUCAGUACCAUUCAAAACAUUGAAGGUCAAUACUUUUUAAACGGUAAUCCUUUGACAAAAUUUUCUCCUCAACAGUUAGUUGAUUGUGAUCCAUUGAACUGUGGCUGUUUUGGAGGUUAUCCAUAUGUUGCUAUGGAAUAUUUAAAGGCCAGAGGAGGCUUGACAACAGAACAAGAUUAUCCAUAUUGCAUUCCACCGCUUGGAAAUUGUUUCCCUUGCAAUACUAAUAAGACGUAUUGUCCAAGCCCAGAAUAUUGCAAUCGUACUUGUGGUGUCACAAAUGCUGAGUUAGUGGCUAAGAUUGCUGGUUAUGAAAAUGUUUCAACAAAUGAGGAUGAAAUUGCUGCUUAUUUAGUCAAACAUGGUCCAUUGUCAAUUGGAUUGAAUGCUGUAUGGUUGCAAUUUUAUCAUAGUGGAAUCAGUGACCCAAUGUGGUGCCCUCCAGACAUUGAUCAUGCUGUAUUGCUUGUUGGUUUUGGAGUUCACACCAAUUGGAUCGGAGAAAAAACCAAAUAUUGGAUUGUUAAGAACAGUUGGGGAGAAAGUUGGGGAGAAAAAGGCUAUUUCAGAAUCAUCAGAGGAGUUGGCAAGUGUGGUAUCAACACAAUUGUCUGUAAUGCCCUUCUUCAAAAGAAAUAG